AUGUCCGAUUUGAAGCGAAAAGCUAAAGUAAACCAGACAGAUUCAAAGAAAGCAAAGAGAAGUCCAUAUUUUGACAAUGAUAAAGAGAAGCUUGGUAAUCAGGGACCAUCCAAUACAGGACAAACCUUAGACAUUGAGGCUGAUAAAAGACUUCCUUCUUCAUUUUAUAAGAAAGCGUGUUUGCAACUUGCAAAGGACCUGCUGGGCCAAGUGUUGGUACGACGAUGUCCGGCCUCUGGCGAUCUUCUUUGUGGGAAGAUUGUAGAGACAGAGGCUUAUCUGGGAAAGGAAGACCAAGCAGCACAUUCAUACCAAGGGAAGAAGACAGAGAAAAACAGUGCCAUGUUUAUGGAUCCCGGGACUGCCUAUGUGUACAACAUCUACGGCAUGUACUGCUGUUUUAAUAUAUCUAGUGAGGGUGAAGGUGCAGCAGUGUUGCUUCGAGCCAUAGAACCCCUUCAGGGGUUGGAAACCAUGACCAAAAACCGUACUACUGCAAGUAAAGAGGGCACCAAGGCUCUAAAGAUCAAAGAACUCUGUAAUGGCCCUUCCAAGUUCUGUCAAGCUUUAGCUAUCUCCAAGAAUGUUGUAAACAAGCAAGAUUUGGUCCAUUCUCCAGACAUUUGGCUAGUGGCUGGAGACAAAAUUGAUGACCUUCACAUAGUGGUCAGUAAAAGGAUUAAUAUAGGAUAUGCAGGAGACUGGGUAGAUAGACCCUACCGAUUUUACAUCCUUGAUAAUUACUGUGUCAGUGUCCGAGACAAAAUUGCAGAGGAGGUGCUGAGGUCAAGCUGAUGGGAGAUCACUCUGUAUGAUAUGUAAAGUCCCUGUAAAGAUGUUGGUAUAUUAAAUGUGUAACAGUGUUUGGUUUUUACACUGCCCCUUCUUGGGAACAAUUUAUUGGCAAAAUUGUUUCAAAUAGGGAUGUCAGACUUUUGAAAACAUAAAUUUACAUGUGCUAAAAUAAUUUUCUAAAAUUAAGGCAGAGAAUAAAAAUUUGUGAUAAAUUUACAUUGUAGUUUCCUUGGCAGCAUGAACAUUUAGAUUGACCAACUUUGUUCAUAAUUAUUUGAACAUUUUUAUGAUUUUUAGGAAAUUUUCACAUAUAACGAUUCACAGAUAACUCUAUAUCA